AGGAGAAGAAAAAAUACUAGCAGCUGAAGAGCAGACAUGGCAAUGCAAGCUGAGAAAGUGUGCGGCGCUAGAAGAUGAAGUAAUGCUAAACAGAGGUUGCAGACUGCAUGUUUUUUAUCUGCUCAGGUGUGUCUGGGGGUCAAGCAGGUCUCUGAUAUUGAACACACAGCGAAUACUUCUCCACAGCUGGGAGUGGAUCUUGUGAGCGGUUCAGGGUGAUUAUCUGACUCCUAUGAUCCAUGCGGCCUUUAUAGGCUGGACAGACAUUCAUCUACUCUCCUGAUCCACACACAGCCUGCAGUCAUGGAGAAGCAGCUGGAGGAGCUGAAGCAGCAGCUGGAAAAACAAUGUAUGAUCAACCAGGAGCUGCAGAGGCAAAACAAGGACCUGGAACAACGACUGCAGGAGAAGGAAAAACUUUUGCAGGAGCUGAACGGUCAAUAUGAUGAUCUGGAAUUUCCCUCUCAGAGCGGUAAUGAGAUUGAACCGCAGGUCAGAAAGAGCCGUGCGGCUGUCAUCGCCUCUGAACCGCUCCCCGAGACUCUGGAGAUUACACGCAAGAGGGUCAAGAAACUGGUCAGCGAGACAAAUCUGAUCGUCAAAGCCAUCCAGAAGAAUGACUUCCUGAGCCGCCUCGACGAUGAGCAAACCGCCAUGAUGGUGGAUCUCUUAGCGGUGUCCAGCUUCAAACCGGGAGAUGACGUCAUUAAAGAGGGCUCAGAAGGAGACAGCAUGUACAUAGUAGCAGCUGGUGAGCUCCUCGUCACUCAGGCAGGCCGAAACCUCCGCAGCCUGACCACUGGCGAUGUGUUCGGGGAACUGGCCAUCUUGUACAACUGCAAACGGACAGCAACAGUCAAAGCAAAGACAGCAGUGCGUCUGUGGAGCAUGGAGCGACAGACCUACAGGACGAUCAUUACCAACAAGUCCAAGAAGAAGCGAGAGGACCUCAUGGGCUUCCUGAAGACGUCUCGUACCCUAAAGGACCUGAAUGAUGUCCAGCUGUCCAAAAUAAUUGACUCUAUGGAGGAGGUGAAGUACCAGGACAAAGAUGUUAUAGUUCGAGAAGGAGCAGAAGCAAACACCUUCUACAUCAUCCUCAAAGGAGAGGUCCUGGUGACCAAGAACGUGAACGGGCAUCAGAAGCAGAUUCGCAGGAUGGGGAAAGGGGAGCAUUUCGGGGAACAGGCCCUCAUACGGGAAGUCUUGAGAACAGCCACUUGCAGUGCUGACGGCCCAGUUACCUGCUUCUCCAUUGACAAGGAGGUGUUCGAAGAGACAAUUCCCAUAGAACACCUAGAGCUGUUUGACGACUCCAAAGUGCUCCAGGAGGCACAAGCUCCAGAAAAGUCGAGUCCCGGCUCCACUCUGAGGUUUAAGGACAUGGUCCCGGUGCUGUACCAGGAGGGUCGCUAUCAAGGAGAUCCUGUCACGCUUGGAGUCGGAGGGUUUGGCCGUGUUGAGCUGAUGACCACUGUGAAUCAUGGGAAGUAUUAUGCUAUGAAGCGGGUCAGCAAGAAGCACAUUGUUGCCAAGAGACAGGAGGAGCACAUGUUGUUCGAGAAAAAGAUCCUUAAAGCCACCCAGUGCGACUUCAUCGUCAGGCUUCAUGCUGCCUUUAAAGACACACGGUACAUCUACAUGGUCAUGGAGUUCUGUGUGGGAGGAGAGAUCUGGACCAAACUCAAAGAAGUAGGGCGUUUUGACGAGCCCAUCGCUGUGUUCUGCACUGCCUGUGUGGUGGAGGCUUACGCCUACCUUCACAAGAAGAACAUCAUGUACAGAGACCUAAAGCCUGAAAACCUGAUGCUGGACAUAAAGGGUUAUGUCAAACUGGUGGACUUUGGCUUUUCCAGGGAGUUGGUGCGUGGAGAGAAAACCUAUUCAUUUGUGGGUACUCCUGAGUACAUGGCCCCAGAGAUCAUCAAAAACCAGGGACAUGACUUUGCAGUGGACUUUUGGUCCCUUGGGAUCCUGAUUUAUGAGCUACUGGUGGGAAGCCCUCCCUUUUCAAGUUCAGAGCCUCAGAAGAUUUAUGCCAAAAUUUUGGACGGGGUGCUCAAGUACCCACCGUACAUGAGUGAGGCAGCCAAGUCCAUUAUCAGCAAAAUGUGCAGACCUCGGCCGGGUCAGAGGUUAGGAAACACCAAGAAUGGAAUCAAAGAUGUCCGUCAUCACAGGUGGUUCAGCAGCAUAAACUGGCACAAGCUGCGUGUGGGUCAGCUCGACGCCCCCACAGUCCGGCUCAUACGCAAGGGCCCCUGCUACAUCAACUUUGAUCGUUUCCCUCUUGAUCAGACCAAGGCGGACGAGGAGUUCUCUGGCUGGGAUCGUGACUUCUGAAGUUAAAGGACCUAAAUAUGGAGCCAAGUCAGAAUACCCUCAGUUCAAGCCAAAACAUACUAAUUUGAUUAUUAAAUUAAGAGUGGAACUGCAGGGCAUCACCUUUUUCAAAAUGUUUAUUGAAGCUUCUCUGUUGUCAUAGAGACACAUCAUCGAAAGUGGCAACGGGCCAAAAAUAUAUGGAUGUGUCGAGAGAUGAAACAAUUCUGUUUCCAAAUUCAGUGCCUGAUGAAGAAGUGUUAUUGACAUCAUCCGCACAACACUCUUUACUGAUUAGAAUGAAACACCCGUCCAUGUGCUUGCUAGCUGAGAAAAAAUGCUCGAGUCAUAUCGUACAAUCAGUACAGCUCUUACCGAGCCUGACAAUAAAAUUUAUACCGAUGUCGUAUUUGUAUUGUACUCAAAUGUGUAUUGUUCUUUUGGAUCUAUGUUCGUUUUAGAGAUAAAACAUGCUUAACUGCUUUUCACAAAGUUGGUAAAUGCUUUAAUAUUGUUCAAGAAGUUUUAUUUUUAUUAGUGCUGGGCAAGUUAACGCGUUAAUUUCGCGUUAACACAUUCAUUAAUUAACGC